AUGACUGUGACCAGCUCAUUCGAAGUCAAAGUAAUUCCUAACAAGGAAGAAUAUGCUCGCUUAGUGGAGGUGCUAUGGGUAGCUAAUAUGCACCCAUACAACCCCGUCUUUACCGCCGUGCAUCCGAUAAGCGGACCCACGGCCGAAGAUCGCGCCCGGGACAAAGCACUUGAUACCGAAGUCCGGUGGAGCGCAAGUGAAAGGAACCCGUUCUCGCGUCUCGUCUACGUGAUCGACAAAGAAACGGGUCGAGUAGCCGGUGGAUGCGAAUGGCUGAUCUACCAUGAGAAUCCAUUCCCGAACGGACCGCAACCUGUGAAAUGUAUCUGGUACCCUGAAAGCACGGAGCGAGCCGAGUACGCAGAGCGAAUGCUCAAUCAGGCACUCUUCCCACGACAAUGCUGGUUUCAGCGACCACACGCGGGAGUGAAUGCGAUGGGCGUGCAUCCGGAUUAUCGGCGUCAGGGGGUAGGGCGCUUAUUGAUGGAGUGGGGACAUGCGAUUAUUGAUCCGUUGGGGUAUGAGAGCUUCAUUGAGGGUAGUCCGAUUGGAAGGUGGCUUUAUGAGGAGUGUGGGUACCGGAGUGUUAUGGGGCUUUAUGUCGAUCUGGCUAAGCCUAACCCGAGUGAUGAAUGGUCGCGGUUGAUUCACGAGUGUAAACCGCCGGGGAUUCUGUUACUUUGGAGGCCUCCACGAGGGGAGUGGACGGAGAAGGUGCCUUCUGGUCCGUGGGCUGUUACCGAGGAUACUUUCACGUAG